AUGUUGGAAGUGACCGUGUCCCUCGGGGGCCCCGGGGGCCCAGGUGGAGCCGGCCGCCGGGUCCGGGGCUCAGGACUGGACCCAAACCAGCGACCACAGAUGGGGGACCCUGGAGCCCUGCCGCCCACGCGGCCGACGCACCCCCCGCACCCCCCGCACCCAACCGGCGGCCAAGUGUUUCUUCCCACCUCAAAAGCAAAUGAAAUUCUGGUGAGACGGAAACGAGCCAGCUCCUGCCUUUUGGAAGAGCUCUUUGAGGGAAAUUUAGAAAAGGAAUGUCACGAAGAAAUCUGUGUCUACGAGGAAGCACGAGACGUAUUUGAAAAUGACGCCUCCACUGGUGUCCUCACGUCCCUAUCGGCAGGCGGCUCCCCGUGCGUCUCCCGGCCCUGCCUCAACAACGGGUCCUGCCAGGACAGCAUCCGCGGCUACACCUGCACCUGCGCCCCGGGCUACGACGGCCGGGACUGCGCCUUCGCUACAAAUGAAUGUCACCCUUUGAGGACGGAUGGGUGUCAGCACUUCUGCCACCCGGGGUCGGGGUCUUACACGUGCAGCUGUGCAAAGGGGCAUAAGCUGGGCCAGGACCACAAAUCCUGCAUCCCCCACGACAGGUGUGCGUGUGGAGCCCUCAUCUCUGAGUGCCUCCUGACGUCACAGGGAUGCGAGCAGGACCCUCCGACUUUCCCGUGGCAGGUAAAACUAACAAAUUCCGAAGGAGAAGACGUCUGUGGAGGCGUUCUAACACAGGACAAUUCUGUACUGACGACAGCGAAAUGUUCGCUCUUGUACAGAAACAUGAGUGUGGAAACAAGUAAGUAUUUUGCGGUGGAGGUGAAGGGCGUCCACGUGCACAUGAGAUUCGAGGCGGACACGGGGGACAAUGACGUGGCCCUGUUGGAGCUGGCGCGGCCCGUGCGCUGCCCCGACUCCGGGCGGCCCGUCUGCACUGCCGAGGCCGACUUCGCCGAGCGCGUCCUCCUCCCGCGGCCGGGCGUGCUGGGCGGCUGGACCCUCCGCGGCCCCGAGCUGGAGCCCGCGCGGCUGCUGGUCACGCACGUGGACCCCGGAGAGUGCGGCCGGGCCCUCAACACCACGGUGACCACGCGAACGGUCUGCGAGCGGGGCGCGGCGGUCGGCUCGGCGCGGCGGGCGGCGGGCGGCGCGGUGGCCCGGGAGCACCGCGGCGCCUGGUUCCUCACCGGCCUCUUGGGCGCCACGCCCCGAGGGCCUCGGCCGCUCCUGCUCAUCAAGGUCCCCCGAUACGCGCUCUGGCUCCGGCGAGUCACGCAGCAGCCGAGCUCCCCCAGCCGGAGAGGCGACCACGGUCACAGAGGCGACGAGGAGCCGGGGUUGGGGUGA